UUGCAGACCUGUUUGGAAGUGCAGAGACUCCCACUGAGAGGAGUCGCCUCACACUUUAACCACAGGGAACAGGAGCACCGUAAUUUACUGCUGGAACCUGAAAACACAAAAAAAAAAAGGAAAAAUGGGGUUAGGAACGGGUUCUGAUAAAUACAAGCUGGCCUCAACUUCAGAAGAUGGAGAGAAAAAGAAGAAAAAGGGAAAGAAACAAGAUAAGGACAUGGAUGAAUUGAAGAAAGAAGUUGAUUUAGAUGAUCAUAAGUUGUCUUUGGAUGAACUUCACCGCAAAUACGGCACAGACCUCAGCAGGGGUUUAUCUGCGACUCGUGCUAAAGAAAUCCUUGCACGGGAUGGACCCAACGCUCUGACCCCACCGCCAACUACUCCAGAAUGGGUGAAGUUCUGCAAGCAGCUGUUUGGAGGGUUUUCCACGCUGCUGUGGAUUGGAGCUAUUCUCUGCUUUCUGGCUUAUGGAAUCCAGGCUGCCUCAGAAGAUGAACCAACCAAUGAUAACUUGUACCUUGGUAUUGUGCUGUCUGCUGUGGUCAUGAUCACAGGAUGUUUCUCCUACUAUCAAGAGGCCAAAAGUUCAAAGAUCAUGGAGUCCUUUAAGAACCUCGUCCCACAGCAAGCCCUGGUAAUCCGAGACGGGGAGAAGAAGAGCAUUAAUGCUGAGGAGGUGGUGGCUGGUGACCUUGUGGAGGUUAAGGGCGGAGACCGAAUCCCUGCUGACCUGCGCAUUAUCUCCGCACACGGAUGCAAGGUGGACAACUCCUCUCUAACUGGUGAAUCAGAACCUCAAACCCGAACUCCUGACUUCUCCAAUGACAAUCCUCUGGAAACCAGAAACAUUGUGUUCUUUUCCACAAACUGUGUUGAAGGUUCUGCUAGAGGAAUUGUCAUCAACACCGGUGAUCGCACUGUGAUGGGUCGCAUUGCUACCCUUGCAUCCAGUCUUGAAGUUGGACAGACUCCAAUCAACAUUGAGAUCGAGCACUUCAUCCACAUCAUCACUGGUGUAGCUGUUUUCCUGGGCGUGUCCUUCUUUAUCCUGUCUCUCAUCCUUGGCUAUGGUUGGCUGGAAGCUGUGAUUUUCCUUAUUGGAAUCAUUGUAGCCAACGUACCAGAGGGUCUACUAGCUACAGUCACUGUGUGUCUGACUCUAACUGCUAAGCGAAUGGCGAAGAAGAACUGCCUGGUGAAGAAUCUGGAAGCUGUGGAAACUCUUGGUUCUACUUCCACCAUCUGCUCAGACAAGACUGGAACCCUGACCCAGAACCGGAUGACUGUGGCCCACAUGUGGUUCGACAACCAGAUCCAUGAAGCCGACACCACAGAGAACCAGAGUGGAACCGCCUUUGAUAGAAGCUCUCCUACAUGGUCGGCUCUGGCUCGUGUAGCUGGACUGUGCAACCGUGCCGUCUUCCUCGCUGAUCAGGCCAACGUUCCCAUUCUUAAGAGAGAUACAGCUGGAGAUGCUUCAGAGUCUGCCCUGCUGAAGUGUAUUGAGCUCUGCUGUGGUUCAGUGAAGGAGAUGAGGGAGAAGUUCCCGAAGAUUGCUGAGAUCCCCUUCAACUCCACCAACAAAUACCAGCUCUCAAUCCACAAGAACUCCAACUCCUCAGAGACUAAGCACCUGCUGGUAAUGAAGGGAGCCCCUGAAAGGAUCCUGGACCGAUGCUCGACUAUUUUGCUUCACGGAAAAGAGCAGACUCUGGACGAUGAACUGAAGGAUUCUUUCCAGAAUGCUUAUGUAGAGCUAGGAGGUCUUGGGGAAAGAGUGUUAGGUUUUUGCCAUUUCAGCCUCCCUGAUGAUCAGUUCCCUGAUGGCUUUGCUUUCGAUACUGAGGAGGUGAACUUCCCCACUGAGAACCUGUGCUUCGUUGGUCUGAUGUCUAUGAUUGAUCCUCCUCGUGCUGCUGUACCUGAUGCUGUGGGGAAAUGCAGAAGUGCUGGAAUCAAGGUUAUCAUGGUCACUGGUGAUCAUCCAAUCACAGCUAAAGCCAUUGCUAAGGGUGUGGGUAUCAUCUCUGAGGGCAACGAGACUGUGGAGGACAUUGCAGCUCGUCUGAACAUUGCUAUUGAAGAUGUUGACACCAGAGAGGCGAAGGCCUGUGUGGUUCACGGAGGAGAACUGAAGAAUAUGACCCCGGAGCAGCUGGAUGAUAUUCUGAAGCACCACUCUGAGAUUGUGUUCGCUAGAACUUCUCCACAGCAGAAACUCAUCAUUGUGGAAGGCUUCCAGCGCCAGGGAGCUAUCGUGGCUGUGACUGGUGAUGGAGUGAACGAUUCUCCAGCUCUGAAGAAAGCUGAUAUUGGUGUAGCUAUGGGUAUCGCUGGAUCUGAUGUCUCCAAACAGGCUGCUGACAUGAUUCUGCUGGAUGAUAACUUUGCCUCCAUUGUGACUGGAGUAGAAGAAGGUCGUCUGAUUUUUGACAACUUGAAGAAGUCCAUUGCCUACACUCUGACCAGUAAAAUCCCUGAGAUGUCUCCCUUCCUCUUCUUCGUCACCGCUGGAAUUCCUCUUCCUCUGGGCACUGUCUCUAUCCUGUGCAUUGACCUGGGAACUGAUAUGGUCCCUGCUAUCUCUUUUGCGUAUGAGCCUGCUGAGAGUGACAUCAUGAAGAGACAGCCCAGAAACGCCCAAACAGACAAGCUUGUCAAUCAAAGGCUCAUCAGCAUGGCUUAUGGGCAGAUUGGAAUGAUGCAGGCAGUUUCAGGGUUCUUCACCUACUUUGUCGUCCUUGCUGAAAAUGGAUUUAUGCCAUUUUUCCUGAUUGGUCUGCGCAUAAACUGGGAUGAUAGGAAUAUUAACGACCUGGAGGACAGCUAUGGCCAGCAGUGGACUUACGAAAACAGGAAAAUCAUGGAGCACACGUGCCACACUGCGUACUUCGUCAGUAUUGUGAUAGUGCAGGUGGCUGAUACCAUCAUCUGUAAGACCAGGGUCAAUUCUAUAGUACAACAGGGGAUGAGCCGAAACAAAGUCCUCAUAUUUGGCCUAUUUGAGGAGGCAGGACUUGCACUCUUCCUGUCCUACUGCCCGGGUAUGGACGUUGCCCUUAGAAUGUAUCCACUCAAGCCUUUGUGGUUAUUAUGUGCUGUCCCAUACGCAUUCCUGAUCUUCUUCUAUGAUGAGGCAAGAAGAUACCUUCUAAGGCGAAACCCAGGAGGCUGGGUGGAAAAGGAGACAUAUUAUUAAAAACAACGAACCCCAUGUUCUCAUCAGCAUCAACCUCCAUACACGUCUGCGCUAUUCUCAAAAAACAUACAGUUUAUUUUAUCAUUGUAUCCAUUGUAUCCAUACCACCCUAAUAUAUUGUUAUUUGUGUUUACUGUAUUUAUUAACCAAAUAAAUACAAGAUGUCACUGA